AUGGACUACAAUAACGAGUUUGUCGAUUUAGAUGGGAUUACUAAUUCUGAGUUUAAGCAACAGAUUAAAAGUUGGAUUGAAGAAAAAGGAAUUCAUGAGAACUUACAACUACAAAUGAAAAAGGGCCUAAUCGAGCAGAUCAGCCGAACUGCUUUAGGUCGAAAAAUGUCCUUGAAAUUACAAACACAGCAAGGAAUCGUCUUGUCACCGUUAAUUUUAGUUUUAAACACACUGGUUGCGGAGUUUUUAUACACUCAAAAUUGCCACUUUUCACUUUCAGUGUUCAGCAAUGAAGUUCCGUUUAAAAAUACGUUACCCGAUUUCACCAAAACAAGCCAUUUUCGGUUGCAGCGAAAGGAGCUAAAGGAGAUCUUCGAGGCGCUUGGAAUUGAGCAGUAUUCGAGUUUUAUUGAAAAGUACGAAUCAAAAACUACUACAGACAAUUCAAAAUCUCUUCUUUACAUAAUAUUCAAAGCCUUACUUGCGUCCGUUAAAUCAUACGAAGAUAAAACCACUCUACUACAGAAGCAGGAAACGGAACGAGAUGCACACAAAUCUCAGUUGGAAGGAUUAGAAAUAGAAAAACUACACAGGAAUGUGGGUAAAAUGUUACACAGAAUAAAGGAAGUCAGUAAAGGCAUCGUAAGGGUCGAGAAGUUACAAAGUCAAGAUCAGCCUGAUCCUGACAGUCAUAAAGAAGAAACUCACUCAUUAGGGAGGUGUACGGCGAAUGUUCAGCAGUUGAUUAGCAGAUUGGAGAAUUGUUCUGCCAGUUUCGAGUCCAUCAUUGAAAAGCUUCAGCUACUAUCUGAACAAAAGACCGUGAUUAGCGAAAAAUUUCCUAUUGACAUAAAGCAGUCUACUGAGAAAAGCUAUACAGACUUUUUAAAUGAGCUAAAAAACACUAUCUACGGAAAGAAAUAUGUUGCGAAAUUACAGAAACAGAUAUUAAAACUAAUGGAAAAGGAAAAAUCUAUCAUCGAAGCUAAAUGCAUGGAAAAACUGCAUCAGGUUGAGUUGGAUUACAAAACAAAAAUCGAAAGUGUACUUUCAGAAAGGAUCAAAGAAAUUGACAUUCGACAUUCGCCUACGACAUCCAUCAAUCAACUAGUUCAAACUGAAGAAAAUGUUCGAUUCAUGAAAAAAAUUGAUGAAAAAUUGGACAUGCUCUAUCAACACGAGAAAAAUAUCAAUGAGAAGUUGACUGCACUGAAAAACAAUUUGCAGCAACACGAACUCAGAGAUAAUCAGAAACCAGUGAAUCAAACACAAAAAUCAGUUGAAACGAAAGAGAAAAGACUUUCGGAGCUACAGAACAUGGAGAGAGAACUUCUGGCAACGUUCGAGGACGAAACACAAGCGAUAGUGCAAAACGCGAAGACAACAAUUGGACAACUGGAAAAUGAAAGCAAUCGAAUCAAUCUCUCGUUUCAGCAGUACCUAAAUAAACAGAAAGAGGACAAGAAAACACUUAAUAAUGAAAAGGUACAAAUUUGGCAGAAAUAUAAUGACGAGAAAUUGGAACUUAUUCAACGAGAGUUGUUGGACAUAAAUGGAAGCAAACAGGAUAAAGUCCCGCUGCUUAAAGAAAUUGUUGCGUCAUCCUCAAUUGACUCUCCUGAAUUGAAUAUAUUUAAAAAUCCGUUCAAAAAUUUCGAUCCUCGCAAAUAUCUUAGAAUACAAAAAGGCAGUAAUAUCUGCAAUCCGAAACCACUGAAUGCAGUCGAUGUAGCAGUGAAUACUUCGUUUGAAACCAAUUCACCAUCGAUUACUGUAACUGUUAAAGAAACAUCUGAAAGCAUAAACCAGUCGAAGAAAGAUAGUUGGCAAAGCAAUACAGAGAAACCCGUGCUUUCAAAGUCAUAUUCAGUCGAACAACAGCAAUCUGUCACAAGCUACUAUGUUAAUGAACCGAAGAAAUCAAUCGAGACCGAAUCGAAACUAAGCAAACUGCUUGCUACAGAUACCAAAAAUUUGAAAAAAAGUAUCGAACUAAACCUUCAGAAACUCGAUGAAAUAAGCAAAACAUACACAAAAUCCAGUACUGCAUCGUCGGAAAAACAAGGAAAUACGUACAAUGUAAAACCUACCAUUGAAACGGAGAAGGUAAUCUCAAAAGCAAGCUUAGACGAUUUAUCCAGCGCAGAUGAAAUGAGACUUUCCGAUGGAAAUUCACUAAGUGUGGAAAACCCUGAACCACGAAUAAACAAAGACAUAGCCAAUCUCAAUACAACGCGUGAAUUGCUUGAUUUUGAAAAGAGUAGUUUUCCCAUUGAGCGACGAAACAACAAAUUCGAAAAAGUUAACAUAAAUGCAGAAGAAAUAAAUUCUUCGGAACAUAUAUCUAUAGGAUUCUUGAGCGAUUCGGACAUCACUGGUGAUAGUAAGUCGGUACAUGUAAGUGGAGACAAUUCAAAUGGAAGAAUUGAGGAAAUAUCAACUAAUCAACGAUCCAUAUCGAAUAAUAGUUGGGGAUAG